AUGGAGUCGGCAGUGUCCGUCUUCAACCCCAUCGCUCAGUUCAGCUUCUCGCUGCCGGCUGGCAACGCCCUCCGCAAGAACAAGUCGGUUCAGAGCUGUAUCACCUGUCGUCGCCGUAAAACAAAGUGUGACCGCCAGUGGCCGUGCACGCCAUGCAAGAACAGAGGCGAAGCAGACACCUGCGAGCCAUACGUUCGAGAGCCCACUAACCGGCCGACAGGAUACACCCACGUCUCUGACACAUCCAUCCUUGCCAACCGUGUCAACCAACUGGAGGUUGCCCUGUCACGCCUCAUCGCCCGCGUCGACAACGUCGACGCCUAUGGGGACAUUAUCAACGAGUUCAAGGACCCGUUGCCCGUCUUCCGCCCCAACCGUGACGGCGAGGACGACAUGAACGAAAAGCAGGAGCCGAUGGACCAGGACAUGAGCGUCGUCGACGUCAACAUGUCCUCCCUCAACAACGGUGCCGGCAACGGUAGCCGAGACGACGAAAGGGGGCGCAAGGACCGCGAACCAAGGGGCGGCGCAGUUUCGGCGUCUCGCUCGACGCGCCGCGUAACCGAACCCAGUCCCGGACCUGCGCUGCUCAAUGCUGCGCACGAGGUCUCUGUGGGGCCCUCGAGCCAGCCUCAUGGCGGGCACCACCUCCCCCACGCCGCUGCCGCCCACGCGCACUCGGGGUCGAUCGGAGCCCUCACAGGGGCGGGGCAGGGUCCCGCUCCCGUUGGCACAAUGCCGCCGGCUGACCUGGUGUCGCCCGCUCACAUCCUGGCAAGCAUCGCCAGUUGCCCGCCGUCCUUUGAUACUCCCGACCCGUCCGCCCACGCCCAUCUGCCACUCGACUUGGGGUAUGGCGUCGCAUCAGCAGCAGCGAAUGCCCCGUGGCCCCCGCCCCACGCCCAGCAUCUGCCCUCCAACUUUGGUAUGUACGCCGAGGGCAGGUCCGAGCCAACGUCCAAGGUGCCCAGCAUCCAGGAACACAACGCGACGCUCGAGCUCGAGGCCAUGGCCCUCGGUCGUGGCGCACAGUGGGGCGAGAGGUCGCCUGAAAAGGACCACGAUGGACCAACCCUCUCGUCCAUCAUCCACAUCCGCCCGCGUCCCGAUCACGACCACCUCAAGGAAUUCCCCCAGGUGGCCAACCUCCCCAACGUCCUGAUUGGAAAGUACGUCCUGACGCACUACCUGGACAACAUCGACCACAACUGGCGCUGCUUCCACCGCCCGACAUUUGAGAACCAGUGCUCCGAGCUCUUUUCACGCAUCCGAGCGCGCGCUACUGAAUUCACCCUCGGCGAACUGGCCACGUUGGGAUUGUACGCGGCCUGCCUCUCGGUGUCACUGCUGUACCUCGACGACGACUCGCUCAACGAUUUGGGGCUCACCAAUGAUCAGUCCCAGAUCCUUGCGACCAAGUGCUGGAAGGUGGCGUAUGCGGCACUUGACGAGUCGGAUUGGAUGCAGGUUCACGAUAUUCGUGGCAUUCAGACUCUCAUCGUCGGCGGCCUGUACCUCUCGAGCGUCAAGCGCGCAAACCAGCACUGGGCAAUGCUCGGCACCGCAACCAAGGUCGCCAUGGCAAUUGGCCUCGCAACCAUCCCGGACGAGUCCAAGAUUGCCACGACGAACAUCAACAGCAUCCCUCCGCGCUUCCGCUCUGCCAUCGACCGCGAAGUGGGCCGCCGCAUCUGGUUCUGCCUGUGCGAGUACGAUAUUCUCUUCACAAUGGAGAACGGCUUCAUGUACAUUAUCAACCCGGAACUCUCUACCACAUCUGAACCAGCCAACAUCAACGACGUGGAUAUCCAUCCGGACGUGCCUGUCGUCAGCCUCCCAAUCGACACGUACACGGACAUGAGUCACCACCUCGCCCGUGCAAAGCUCAUGUACCUCCACCGUAACCUGAUGACCAAGGUCCGCAAGGCGGGAAGGAUGCGGUACCAGUUUGUCACUGAGGCCCACGCCGAGCUGUUGCAGUGCAUCGAGGAGCGCCCGCUCUUCUUCCGCGACACAGACACGAUUGUCGCACAGGAUGCGGUGCAGCUUCACAGAAUCAAGCGUGAAGCGUGCCUCCUCCGCGAAGCAACUGACCUCCGCAUGUCUUGCCUGGCAGCCGCUCGCCGCAUGCUGAGCGCUGAACAGCGCUACCGUAUGUUCAGCAGCAACUACCCACACUUCUGGGCACACAACUACAUGGUCUUCACGGCCACCAUGGUUGCCAUCAUCUACCUCAUAUACGCCGAGCCAGGAGAAGUAGAGGACAUCAAGUCGCUGUCGGAACACGGCAUCGAGCAGCUGCGUUCCCUAUCCACUCGCGGCCGCCUGGACCUGAACGACACGGCCGACACUCUGACGGUCCUGAUGGAAAAUCAGCUGCGGCGCAGGGACGCCGAGUCCCCGUCCAAAUCGCUCAAGCGCAACUUUGGCGACUUCCUGUACGAAAACUGGGGGAACGGCGCAGGCUGGGUACCCGACUUGCCCCACGAAGGCAAGAGGCCGUUUGUGGCUGAUCCUGGUUCGGCGGGCAUGGAUACGGGUUCGACGUCGGCUUACACCGAUGUCAAUGACAUGGGUUUUGUCUUUGACUCGCUGUUGAACGACUACGCCAUGAACGUGGGAUGA